AUGUCGUUCGACCAGCUUGUUCUUCGCAAAUACGCCGCGCUAGACUCGCCGCUCGACUCACUGCCCUUUGAUGUGUAUCUCACUCAUACGAAUGAUGCGCUUGCAAUAUUUGACUUGUUUCCCAAGGCAAAGUAUCAUUUUCUCGUCUUGCCUCGACACAAUGCAGCUGUAUACAAGACGCGCGGCUUGAUCGCAGACGAUUUCCAAAGUCUGCGUACACUGUUGCGUCGAGGUGCAGAAGCCGCGCUCGUCGUGUGCAAAUUGCUGCGAGACGCGAGUGAAGAAGUCAUUGCAAUGAUACAAGACGAGAUGAUCAAAGCGACCGGAACAAGCUGGCCAAUCUCUGCUGGCUUUCAUGCGGUACCCAGCAUGCAUCAUAUCCAUUUGCAUGUCAUCUCUACGGAUCUCGUGUCCGAUCGACUCAAGCAUAAGAAGCAUUACAACUCAUUUGACCCGCGUGGCACUUUCUUUCUCUCUGUCGACAGUGUUAUUGAUCUGCUUAGCCGUGGUCAAGUUGACGAGCUCAGGAGCAUGAUGGACGAAGCAUCGACAUCGGGACCGCUCGUCAGCCUGCACACGGGCGAGACGUUCAAGAACAUACCUCUGCUCAAGGCGCAUCUCGAACAUGUCUAUGCGACUCAGCUGUCGAAGACACCCCGAGUGCAGAUAUAA